AUGUAUUCAAUAGGGAAUGUAGCAGAAUCAACGCCGCAACGGAGGAGCUUGAAAGGAUCACUGUUGUUACAGAUCCUGAGCGAUGAUGAAGUCGGUGAAACUGCUGUGCGAAAUCUUAAAAACUUGAUAUGCGUUUUUGAUCAGAUUGUGAUGCAACAUCGUGGAAUUGAAAAGAUUCGCGGCUGCCAGAAGAAUUACAUUGUUGCUGUCGGCGUCAUCCCGGAAGUGUGUAAAAAUGUCCACGAUACGCCAUCAACCAUUGGCGAUUUGCUUGCUGAAUUAACGCAAUUCGCGCUGAACAUUUCGGCAUUCGCAGCUGACCACGGUGUAUCCUUAAAUAUUGGCAUCGACUGUGGACCAGUGCUAGCCACGGUUGUGAAUGGACAGCGGCCAACUUAUGAGCUAAUUGGAAAGCCAUGCCUGGGUGCUCGUACGCUCAUGCAGCACGCUAACUGCUACGGGAUUAUGGUUUCGGAAGAAAUUUAUUUGGCGCUGAGACCUCGAAAUUUUAAUUUUGAUCCAAGACCGAUCAAAAUAUCAAAAACGCUGAACGCCUAUGUCUUUGAAGAUUGCUACCCGGAAAGCAGUUACCAGGCCGAGCAGACUGACAUCACUUCCUCAUCAAUAGCACCGGAACAACAUUCUGCUUCACAAAAUCCACUUGAGGUUGAUUUCAUGUUUUUACCGCUGUUUAUUCAAAACUGA